UAUACAUAACCAUGACAUCGUUUUUUAUUUUUUUCUACAAUAGUCCCAAAAAUAAAAUAAAAAACAAUGUCGUUUUUAUUAUCAAUUCGUAUGGUGCCAAAAUAUUUGGCUCCUUUUUGCGACAAAAAAAUUUCCUUACCAAAUUACAAAUUUUGUCCAAAAAAAUUAACUUCUUUAAUCUAUUUUUUAUGCUAAUGUGACCUAAGCUACUGGGGUAUCAUUUUUUGUUUAUGAUUAGAAUUUUUUUUAGUGUCUUUCCUUUUUACAUUGGAAACAUAGUCUUUGUUAACUACAUUAUUAUAAAACAAAUCCAUUCAUGUGUGCAUGUCGUGCAUUUGAUGAAUGUACUAUAACCUUUAAGAUUUUUGUUUGUUUGUUUUUUUUCCUAAUCAAAGAUAUUAUGAGUUUAUUUUUCUUGUCUUUCUUUACAAGGAAUUCUGAUUGAAGCCUAAUGGAUAAGCCGACUGAUCCUCCAAAGCGCCCGAUCACUCCAUUCAUUUUCUUUUGCCAAGAACAAUCAAUGGAGUUAAAAAAAACCCAAAUGAAAGUAGACGUGAAGGAUAUUGGGGACAAAUGGAAUCAACUUCCUGAAGAAGAAAAAAAUAAGUAUAUACAAAUGGGAAAGCUGCAAUCUGAACAAUAUGCCCAAUUAAAAACUGUGGUCCAACAAAAGCCUCCCAAAGUAAAAAUUCAAACCCGGAUUGAGCUUACAUCAAUUUUUCAGAACUUUGAUCCUUCAACUCAUUCAUUGAAUGUCCACGGUCUUCGAAUGCUUCUCACCAUAGAAGAUGUUCAUGAGUUGAUGGGAUUACCUUCCAAUGAAAUUAAGCAGGGUUUGAAUCAAAUUAAAGCUUUGGGAGGAUAUUUAAAUGUUGAGGUGGCUUUGCCUAACAUUGUUGAAAAGUCCAAUGCAGUAACUCUUAGCCAGGGAAGAAUUGACAAGAAUGAUGACUCCCGAUUGGCUAAAGUUGAGAAACAAGUCAUUGAAAUUCAUGCCCUUUUGGUCCAAGGCCACAAGGACACAAGGCAAGAUGAGGAUGACAAACGUCUAACCAAAGUGGAGAAUCAAGUUGAAAAAAUUCUUGAGUUGUUAGAAAAACACAUGCCAGUUGAUGGAGAACAUGUUAAAACACCACCAAGCAAACUACAUGAGGAGCAUCGAAUUGACAUUGAAAUGGUUGGUCUCGAUGUUAGCGGUAUCGAAAAGGUUGCAACCAAUUCCCCGAAGUUUGUAGAUGAGGAUGAGAUAAGGAAUAUGAAUGACAAAGAACCAAUGGAAACUUCGCGUUCGAGAAAAACAAAUUCAAUCCUCACACCACCAAAUGCAAAGGCAGUUGCAAAGAAACGAGCCAAAUUGGUUGGUGGGAAAGCAUUAAAUAAUGAACAACUUUCUAUUCCACAAAAGGGGCGAUCGCGCGCAAAAAAGAGUGAUACAAAGGCAGUUGAAGUGAAUGCUGUAACAAUGUCAUCAUCAUGUAGUGUUGUUCGUGGUCCUCAGACUCGAGGGACCCAGAAUUGCAAAGCCAGUCAAUGGUUGCGUACACCUUUUGUGAAAUUUGAUGUAAAGAAGAAAAGACCACAGUUGAAGCCAUCGUCAACUGACAACAAUGUUGACAAUAAUAUUCAUGACAAUCUCGAUGAACUAUUUGAUAAUUUACUUGAUCAACUUGGGGGUAAUGUUGUUCCUGAAAUCCCAAAGUCAUCCGUGCCUUUGCCAGACCCAUUAAAUGACUAUGACAGUCUCGUUCUACGAUAUGCAUUUGAUGAAUCUCUUUCAGAAGGGGAAUAUCUUGUACGAAUGAAACUGCACUACGUGGAAGUACAAUCUGCCACACGGAAGGAAUUGUGGUCCUUGAAACCAUAUCAGUGGAUAUCCUCGUGUAUUAUAAAUCUCAUUGUUGUGAAAUUGACAAAUAAACAAAGGAAAAAGUUUCCAAAUAAGGAUCACAUGGUUUGGUACUUUCCGAACCAUGUAUCGCAAAAGAUUUUGUGUCAACCUUCUGAUGACACAAUGAAAGAUAUAGUAGAAGAUUACUUAGAAAUUUACAAAUACACUGGCCCCCUUCAUGGUUGUGAGGAGAUUUACAUGCCCUUCAACCAUGGGGAAAACCACUGGUUGUGCUUGAAUGUAAACAUGGAAAAACGGGUUGCCUAUCUAUUCGACUCCAGCAGAUGUAUUGACACCGAUGAGGAUCGAAAAAAUCAAGCUACAUUAUUGGUACAAUCAUUGCAUAAGCUGUUUCAAUAUGCGCAUGGAGAAGAUUAUGUUCAAGAUGUUAGUUCGUUUGCAUUUCAAUGGUUGGAAGACAUGCCACGCCAAGACAACAGCUAUGAUUGUGGUCUUUUCGUCAUCAAAUAUAUGCAAGGGAAACCUUUGCCUUCGGGUGUAAUCAAGUUUGACUAUUUGCAUAGGGCUCGCUUGUUACUUGAUCUUGUGAUAUACAAGCAUAAUUCAGCUCCUAUUGUUAGUGGAAUGCCAACGUUUGGUAUUCCUGUUCAAGAUGGUGGCAUUGGUUUUGACUAUCGCCUGCAUAUGGCCAUAGCAGAUAAAUGGUUGAUUUUGACCAUAAAAUCAAUUGGAUAG